AUGACAACAAACAAAAAAGGGCAAGUGACAAAGCGUAGACCUCACCGCAAGUCUCGUGGCGGGUGCUUGCAGUGCAAACAGCGCCAUGCCAAGUGUGACGAACAUCGCCCAAUCUGUAUCAAAUGCACCACCACGAGUCGCAGAUGCUCAUACCUUGAUACGCUUCCCACCACCAGUCCAGCGACUACCACCAACCCAGUCAACACGAAUACGACCGCGGAAAAACCAGCACCUAUUACUCCAGCCCCCUCAGAGGCUACUGCCAUCGCGCUGAGCCCCAAGUCAGUCAUACAGAACACGGCCUCAGCCACUUCAACGCCUGACGCGGCUACCCUCCGACACUCCAGCACUGAUAAGAUCUUGGAGCCUCCGCCCACAGGCAUCGCUGCCUCGCCUUCUUCUCCCCUCUUCGAAGUGCGUGAUUUAGUACUUCUACACCAUUUCGAUACGGUACUGAUGAAGGACCCGUUCAUCAAUGCUGUGUCAGACGAGCAUGGGAGUAACCCCAUCACAGAAAUCGUCUUCCAGUCGGCUAUGGAGGCUCCUUAUCUCCUCAUCGAAAUACUCGCGCUCUCUGCAGCACACAUUAGCACCACACAGAUUGACCCUGUCGAGCGAACGAAGAACCUUCAGACUGCCCAAGAGCUCCAGACACGGGCACUGAGCCUAUUCAACCAAGCACAGGUACAUGUCACGGACGACAACUGCCUGCCCAUGUUUUUCUUCCCGUCCAUCCUUGGCAUACAUACCUUCUUCAACACCGUAACCACUGCAGUCGGACUGAGCGAUUUCCUAACCAAGUUCGUCCAAUACCUCCAUAUUCACCGUGGAGUUCGCGCUGUCACCGGCCAGAGCUGGCACAUCAUCCGGAACUCUGGCAUGGGGGACAUAAUCAACGCAACGGAGACUGUCAGCCUAGAACAGGCCAUAUCGUCAUCUUCCACUGACGCUUCGGACAGCUUAAUGGAGCUGUUGUUGGGAGUGCGUCCCACACUCAGUGACGACUUGUUUGCAACGUACGUGCAAGCUGUGCAACAGCUUCAACUGGUGUUCAAACAACACCAUGCCGCCCCCCAACACUUGCAGCCGCACAUGACUAUUUCAUGGCCUAUCCGUAUCUCUAGCGAUUACAUAAGCCUGCUCCAGCAACGCCAACCUGUUGCGUUGCUCAUACUGACCUACUGGGCCAUUCUGUUGCAUCAAGACCAUAAUUUCUGGGUCUUUGGUGCUGUGGGGAAAUCCCUGGUAGAGUCUGUUGCAGACUACCUUGGGGCAUAUUGGGAAAAUUGCUAG